AGGAAAAGAAAAAAAAAAAAGGGACACAAAGACAAAGCUCCAAAAACAUGGCUGACCUAAAGCCCGUGACUUCAUCUGUCAACCGGACGUGUGAUCUGGUUGUCCCAUCGGUCAAUCCUUUCUUCAUGCUGGUCUACAGUCUAGUGUUUCUGGUGGGUUUACUCCUCAAUGGCUUCAUCAUAAAUUUUUACUGUUGCCAAGCUCGGCAGCAGGCAUCAAGGAGCUUGAUGGUCUACCUGAAGAACCUGACAGCUGCUGACUUCCUGCUGUGCAUCUCUUUGCCAAUGCGUGUCACUGAUUAUGCCAGCAGGUCUGUCAUCUUUUGGGAGCUCUACUGCAGCUUUGGAGUUACUUCCCUGUACCUCAACAUGUACGCCAGCAUCAUAUUCAUGGGGUACAUCGCUGCCAACAGGUAUCUGACAAUCAUCCAUCCUUCAGGAACUCACAUAAUGCAGGCAGAACGAACUGCCCACACCGUCUCCACGGUCACCUGGAUUUUUCUCCUGGCUCCAACAAUCACCUACAACAUUAUGUUUUUCAUCACUCACAAACCUCUGACCUCUGACCCUGGCUACUGUGGGCCUCUCUUCAGUACGUCAUUCAGCGUCCUUCAUAAAACGUUCCAAAUCAGUUGCGCCAUCAUCUUCCUCUUGGUGUUUAUAUCCCUGGUCUUCUUCUACUACAGCACCUCCUGCAAGGUGUUGCAGGCACAGCAGAGGCAGCUGGCCUCCUUCAGCACUGACAAGCUUGUGAAGUCUCGCAGGAACAUGUUGGUGCUGGUCAGCAUCUUCUGUGUUUGUUUUGUUAAGAGAUCAUUUAAGGGUGGCACAUGCAACCCCAUGCCACCCUUCUAGAUCUGGGCCUUGCAGUACCAGUAAACAGA